AUGAAUUGGUCCUUACACAUACAAAGAGAAGCAUUCGACCCAACCAGAGGAAUAAAGACAGAAAAAUUAUCUUCUAAUUCUUUCUAUUAUCCUUAUUCCUUUUUUGUUGUUACCUUCCUUUCUUUCCUUCUUUAUUCAUUUCUUUCUUUCUUUCAUUCUUUCUUUCUUUCAUUCUUUCUUUCUUUCAUUCUUUCUUUCUUUCUUAUUCCAGUAAUUUUGCUUCACUGCUUUCUCCCUCUCUGUUUGUUUUUUCUAUGCUGUCUCUUUCUUUCUUUCUUUCUUUCUUUUUUCUACCUACUUAUUUCAGUAAUUUUGUUUCUGCCUUUAGCCUUCUUUUUUCUCUAUUACUUUUUAAAAAUUUACCAUUCUUGUUUUCUUUCUUUCUUUUUUCUUCUCUUCCUCUUUAUUCCAGGAAUUUUGAUUCUCUCUCUCUCUCUCUCUCUUUUCUCGUUUACUCCUUUCUCUCUUUCUAUUACUUUUUGUCUGCCUCUCUUUUUUUCUUUCUUUCUUUCUUUCUUUCUUUCUUUCUUUCUUUCUUUCUUUCUUAUUCCAGUAAUUUUGCUUCUCUCCCUUCUCGUUUACUCCUUUCUCUCUUUCUAUUACUUUUUGUCUGCCUCUCUCUUUUCCUUUCUUUUCUUUCUUUCUUUCUUUCUUUCUUUCUUUCUUUCUUUCUUAUUUCAUAAUUUUGCAUCUCACUCUCUCCUUUCUCUCACUAUUUCUUUUUUCUCUACCUGUUUAUUUAUUUUUCUUUCUUUCUUUCUUUCUUUCUUUCUUUCUUUCUUUCUUUCUUUCUUUCUUUCUUAUUUCAGUAAUUUUACUUCUAACCCUCUUGCUUUCUCUUUUUCUAUUACCUUUUUAAAAAUCUACCUGUUUUACUUUCUUUCUCUCUUUCUCCUCUCUGAUUCUAGUAAUUUUACUUCUUUCUCUCUUUCACCCCCUCUCUCUCUUUCAUCAUUAAUUCCUUCUUUCACUUUUUUUUUAUUUUCUGCUAUCUUCAUCUUUCUUUCUACUCUUCUUCUUCUUUAUUCCAAUGAUUUUUCUUCUUUUUGUCUCCUUCUCUUCUUCUAUUGUCUUCAUUUUCUCUAUCUGUUUCUUUUUCUUUUCAUGUCAUUUUUAUCUUUCUUUCUUAUUCCUUAUUCUUAUUCCACUGAUUUUUCUUCUUCUUUGUCUCUGUUUUUCACUUUUUCUCCAUUACUUUCUUCUUUUUCUUUACUUUUCUCUUUUACUUUUUGUGUCUUCUUUAUCUUUCAUCCUUUCUUUCUUCCUUCUUUUCCUUCUUAUUUUACUAACUUUGAUUCUUUUUCUCUCUUCCUCUCUCACUCUCUUUCCCCAUUACUUUCAUUUUUGGUGUCAUCUUUAAUCCUUUUUUCUCUUCCUUCUUAUUCCACUGUCUUUGCUUCUUAUCUCUGUCUCUCUUUCUCUCCUCAUUGCUUUCUUCUUUUUCUUUUCUUGUAUCUUUUUCCUUUUGUAUCUUUCUUUGUUUCUUCCUCCUUCUUAUUCCACUAA